ACCGUGAAAUAAUGAACAAUACUAAAAAAAUAACUUUGUAAUAUUUUUAUUUUAGGCUAGAGGUUAUUUAAAAUGGUUUUCUAAGUCUUAAAUAAGCUUAAAAACAAACAAACUUUUGAUAACGCUCUCGCAAUAUGUCCGUAAUUAGGGCUGGUUUGCAAAGAAUCACGAACAUCAUUAGAAAUGGUUCAGGUGGGAUCCUCUCUAGAUUUAUAACAAAUUCUGCAUUAAUUGAAAACAAAACAGUUCCUCAAACACCUAAAGAAGUUAUAUCAGCUUGCAACAAACUGAUAGAAGAAAAUGCUUCUCGUAAUUUUGCCAUAGUUCAUUUACUGGGUAAGCAAUGGCGCGUUACCGAUGGAGAUCUCCUGGUGGUCGAAGGAUAUUGGCCUCCCAACAUCGGAGACAAGAUAACACUGGACAAAGUAUUAUUAGCGGCUACCAAAGAUUUCUCCCUCAUUGGUAGACCUCUUGUUCAGCCAGGUUUAGUGACCGUAACAGCUACAGUGAUUUCUAAGGGAUUAUCACACACCCGGACACAUUUUAAGAAAAAGAGGAGGAAGCAAUACAUGCGGAUAAACUUUCAGAGAGCUGAACAAACAAUGUUGAGAAUAAAUUCUGUCAAUAUUGCUAGUAAGAUCAAUGAACCUUCCAAGAAUGUGUUUUAAGUUUAAUUUGAAUAGUAAAUAAAUGUAGAAUAAAUAAAAUA